UCUAUCUUUGACACCCUUUAAACUUCUGUUCUCUUUUGGAGCAUCGAGAUGAAAAAAAUGGCUCCCUUCCUUUUGCUUUCCCUAGUGUUUUCUUGUCAAUUCAUUGCUGGUUUCAAUACUGAGCUUCCACCUCCAUCCUAUGGAAACCUAAUAACCAUUCUCAGCAUAGAUGGAGGUGGUAUUAGAGGGAUUAUUCCAGCUGUAGUUCUUGAGCACUUGGAAAACGCUCUUAAGGCAAAGGACGAGAGUGCAUCACUAGCAAAUUAUUUUGAUGUGAUUGCAGGAACUAGCACAGGAGGCAUCAUGACUGCUAUGCUCACUGCUCCUCACCCACAUGAUCGCAAUCGUCCUCUGUUUACUCCCAGGGAAAUCAUAGAUUUUUAUAUAAAUUCUGGUCCCUCUAUAUUCAAUGAAACUAGCGGUUGGAAUAAUUCAUACCCGGGUCCCAAGUAUGACGGCAAGUUCUUACAUAAUAAAGCACGUGAGUUGUUGCAAAAUACACGACUGGAGAACACGUUAACGAAUGCUGUAAUCCCAACCUUCGACCUUAAGACACUUCAUCCAGUUAUAUUCUCAAACUUUAAGCUGAAGACAGCUCCCAGCCUUAAUGCGAAACUUUCAGAUAUAAUCAUUGGGACUUCAGCUGCACCAACUUAUCUACCACCCUAUCACUUUGAGAAUGAUGACACUCAAUUCAAUUUGAUUGAUGGUGGUGUAGCAGCAUGUAAUCCGGCUAUGGCUGCUGUGAGUGAAGUGAUACAGCAACAGAAGGAGUGGAAUCCUGACUUUACUCGAAUGAAGUCAAACGAGCAUACCAAAAUCCUGUUGUUGUCAAUAGGAUGUGGAGCUUCAAAAGCUGAGGGUUAUGAUGCUGAAGUUGCAGAUCACUUUUCAGCAGCUACUUGGGCAGCAACAGGCCUUCUAUCUGGUGUUUAUGAUUAUGCUUCUAAGGAUAUGACUGAGUUUUACCUUGCCACAGUGUUCCCAGGCCUUCAAUCUUCUGACACCUACCUUCGAAUUCAGGAUUAUAACUUGGACCCAUCCAUGGAUUCCCUUGAUAAUGCCACUGAAACAAACUUGGAAAAUCUUGUUAAGGUUGGACAGAACCUGCUGAAGCAACCGGUUUUGAGCAUGAAUGUGGUUACUUUUGUCCCAGAGAAAGAAAGAAAUCAGGGUACAAAUGCUGAGGCUCUUGAAAGGGUUGCUGAGAUUCUGUACAAAGAGAAGGAGCUGCGUUUGAAAAAAAAGUCGAUGGAAAAAAGGGGUCGACCACUUAUGGAAACUGUCACAAUCCCUUUUGGCCGAACUCGAACAAGUUAGGGAUCAUGUGAAAAAACUGUAUCGCAAUAAAUGCCAUGGUGCGUAGGCUUGCGCUAUAUGUAUAAGUUGUGAGUUCUAUGCUUAAUGAAAAAUAAA